CCAAGUUGGUUCGCUCGAUCGAAAGGACACGGAGGGCAUCAUGGCGAGCCUUACCUUAAAGCAAGCUUUUCGUAACUUCUCGAAAUCGACGGCUAGGUUUGCCCAGCAAGGGGGUGAACAUUCCCAUGAAGCUGGUGAGCUGCUGUGGAAGAGGCUGAGUUUCUUCGUCGCCUUCCCAGCCAUCGCGCUGUGCGGCAUCAACGUCUACUUGGCUGAACUGGAGCACAAGAAGCAUUUCCACAGACCGGAGUACCGCCCUUACGAAUAUCUUCACAUCCGGACCAAGAAAUAUCCCUGGGGAGAUGGAAACCGUGCUCUCUUCUUCAACCCUAAGGUGAACUGGGUUCCUGGAGGCUAUGUAGAGUGAACACCUAAGCAGGCCCUUUGCUGCGCCGAUUGUUCACUGGAGAAUUCUAACUAGGCAAUGGUCCUAGGAACUACAAUAAAGAUAGUUCCUCCGCUUGAAGAAA